CGAUCCUGGAGCCAACCCUUCUGUCCCUGGGGAGCUACGAGACGUCACUUCCGGGGCGUUACCGAGAGGCUGAAAAGGAAAUAACCUAGAGCUCACGCUGGUGGCGUGAUGGAGCAGCAACAGCAGCAGCAGCAGCAAUUGAGAAACCUGCGGGACUUCCUUUUGGUCUACAAUCGGAUGACGGAACUCUGCUUCCAGCGCUGCGUGCCCAGCCUGCACCACCGAGCUCUGGAUGCUGAGGAGGAGGCCUGUCUGCACAGCUGUGCCGGGAAGCUGAUCCAUUCUAAUCACCGCCUCAUGGCCGCCUACGUGCAGCUCAUGCCUGCCCUGGUACAGCGCCGCAUGGCAGACUACGAGGCUGCCUCAGCUGUGCCACAUGCAGCUGCUGAACAACCAGAAACCUCUCCAUCUAGCAGCUCGCCAUCCGCAAACCUCGGGAAAGGAGGCGCUGGAUGAAGCCUCAAGUUGAAGGAGCCAGUGGACCUAGGGCUGGGUGCAGCCUGUGUAUAGCAAGUGAGGAGUUGUCCGAGAGAUGGGUACUGUUGCUCCUUUUCCUGGAGCUAAUAAACCCACUUUUCCUCUG